GAUUGCAAACAUGGCAAGGGUUUGUCGUUCGACAAUGUCUUGUUUUUAUCGUCUUUUUAGAAGUUCUUUUAGGUCUCCUCUUAAGAUUACGUAUCAGAUGGUUAGAGAACAACAUGUAAAGUCUUCUGUACAGACAGGAGUACAGUAUGCAGAUAAGGAUUUGCAGAAAACAAAACACAAGUACUUUAAAGAUGAAGAGGUUAAAGAUUUUUCUGAGUUCCUGACAGACUCGUUUGGAAGACAGCAUAGCUAUCUUAGGAUAUCUUUAUCAGAACGAUGUAAUCUUAGAUGCCAGUAUUGUAUGCCUGAAGAAGGAAUCCAGCUCAGUCCCAAGGAUGAGUUACUUUCAUCUGAAGAAAUCAUAAGACUAGCAAAACUAUUUGUACAAGAAGGUGUGACAAAGAUACGAUUGACGGGGGGUGAACCCCUUGUUAGAAAAGAUAUCGUGGAACUCUGUGGGGAGCUUGGUAAGAUUGAAGGCCUAGAAACAUUAGCAAUGACCACAAAUGGCAUUACUCUCAGCAGAAAGCUUCCACAUUUGAAAAAAGCUGGUGUUAAUCUGCUUAAUGUCAGUCUAGAUACUUUGGUACCACAAAAAUUUGAAUUUAUCACAAGAAGAAAAGGAUGGCAUAAGGUUAUGGAGGCUAUAGAUAGUGCUCUUGAUCUUGGUUAUGAACCUCUGAAGGUCAAUUGUGUUGUGAUGAAAGGCCUCAAUGAAGAUGAAAUAUGUGACUUUGUUGCUCUUACAGAAAAUAAGGCUGUUGAUGUCAGGUUUAUCGAGUAUAUGCCUUUUGAUGGUAACAAGUGGAAUGUUAACAAGUUUGUGUCAUACAAGGACAUGUUGAACUUGAUCAAAGAAAGAUGGCCUAUUGUUGAGAGACUUCAAGACCACCCAAAUGAUACUUCUAAGGCAUAUAAAGUCGCAGGAUUUCGAGGUCAACUUGGUUUUAUCACUUCAAUGAGUGAAAAUUUCUGUGGAAGCUGCAAUCGCUUAAGAAUAACAGCCGAUGGAAAUUUAAAGGUGUGUUUGUUCGGUAAUUCAGAAGUGUCUCUUCGUGAUGCGUUACGUUCAGGUACGAGUACAGAUGAGUUGUUGCAGAUUAUCGGUGCUGCGGUUGGACGCAAGAAAAAGCAACAUGCUGGUAUGUUGAACAUCGCUAAACAGAAGAAUCGUCCCAUGAUCCUCAUUGUAGGGAAUCAAUUCACCAUGCCAUGGAAGACAUUUGGUUACUCCUACAAGCCUCAAACACCUUCAAGUCUUCAAAUACUUCAUACUCGAGCUUACUCGAGUGAUUCUCAAGAUGAAUCGAAAACCACCAACACGACAGGUAGUGAGAAAGAAGCACCAGCUCUCAGCCACAUCGGCCCGGAUGGCGCUGCUAGUAUGGUCGAAGUCAAAGACAAGCCAGAGACUAAAAGAGUUGCUAUAGCAACAGGCGUGGUUUAUCUUGGAGAACAGGCAUUCAAACUGGUUAAAGAGAAUCAAAUCAAGAAAGGCGAUGUACUCUCCACAGCUCAGUUAGCAGGCAUCAUGGCUUCAAAGACAACGUCUACUCUCAUCCCUCUCUGUCAUAACAUCCCCAUCACCCGUACUGAUGUUCGCUUGACGUUGAACGCAGAGACACAAGCUGUUGAGAUACAGGGAAGCGUGAGCACGGUUGGGAGGACUGGGGUAGAAAUGGAGGCCCUGACGGCUGUUAGUGUAGCUGCUCUUACCGUGUACGACAUGUGCAAGGCUGUAUCACGUGACAUUGUUAUAAGUGACGUCAGACUUGUCCAUAAAAGGGGCGGCAAAAGCGGGACUUUUACAAAAGUGAAAUAGUAAAUCCAUUUUUAUAAAUAGUCCCCUUCACAUUUCCCUUAGUGCGCCAUCUUGAAAAAUAGCAUUGCAUGUUCAUCGAAGCGAGAACGGCGGUGACCUUGCAAUGAUAGAAACCUUUUUAUAGACAUAUCUAACAACUAUUCACAUGUCUCUAUCAUUGGAAGAUAACCGCCAUUUUUGUUUUAAUACGCAAGCACGGCACGGUUACCUUUAAAGAUGGCGCAUGGAACUGUGAAGGGGACUAUCGUACGAACCCAUUUGUAUAUAUCAUUACAAUAGACUUCUCAGGCGCAAUGUUUUCCCAUUUCACACAACGUUUCAUACCCUUGAGUAUUAUUUCUUUGUUUAGCGGUUGGACAUGAGAAGACACAUGAAUAUGGAUACAACUCAUACAACGAAUCUUAUUCUCUAGGGAAUGACACGUAGAUGAAAUGGGAAAACUCCCCAGAUGAGCUUUUCAGUUCUUGGAGAGAAUGAUGGAAAAAUAUAGUCAAAUAAAAGGAAAAAAAGGGAAAAUAUUAUGCGUAAGGUAAAGAGGUACUACAAAUCGACUACCCUUGGAGAAAUGGCUGCUACAAGUACUCGAUUGCUGUUUAAUAAAUGUAUAAAUUAGUGCAAAGUAUUUGAAACUUUGACAACUGAUCAAAAAAUAGAGGGUGGUCGGUUAAUAGAGGUUAUGUCAUGUAUUGGAAUGUAUUUUUAUACCCACAAUACGGAAUAUAUAUAAUCCAUUUAUAAAUAUUAAUAAUUCGAUAGCAAUACAAAUCUACUUGAUAGUGAGCAAUAUUGAAUUAAAAGGGAUAUUAACAUCACGUGAA